GCUGUUAGUCACCGGUUUGUAAUUUAAGAACAAACGACUAUAAAGCGAAAAAAAAAAAAAAAAAAGAAAAGGAGUAUUCAGAACACUUGUGCGACAUUCAGAGUUCACUUCGAGAAAUGUUCUCUGUCAAAAUAGUUUUGCUGUGCUCGGCUAUUUUUGUAUUUGCCGAUGGAAAAAGUUAUGGGAAGAAUUGGUAUCCAAAAAAAUAUACUCACUCAAUUCACAAGCGCGUAGAUCCAGAUUAUUGGGAAGAUUUGCCAUUGGAUAAAAAUUCCUUGCCCGAUCAAUCAUUAUCUAGAACAAAAAUUUCAAAUUCUAAUAAAAACGAAUUAAUUGAAAAUUCACCCUGGCUUUAUCGCAAAGAAUACAAUUACGACAAAGACAAACAUUCAUUGUCUCAAAAAAUUUUAAAGCGAAAUAAAAAAGAUAUUGAUGCUAAAAACAAAAUAUAAUAAACAUUAAGAACGAAGAAAAAACAAUUCCAAAAAUAUGAGAAAAUAAAGAAACUUGUGAAUUGAACUUUUUUUUAGACAAUGAAAAUAAACUAUAUUCAGAAAAAAAAAAAAUUAUUUAUUUUAAAAAACGUAUAUUUUAUAUAUGUUUUAAUAUUAUUUUAUUAAAUAUUCUUUCAUAAAAAAAAUGGGUAUAAGAAUGUCAAAAU